AUGCUUACAAUCAAGGAGCAGUUGAGGGCCUUGAGCCCUGAAAAGGGCCUCAUCGGGUACCGUAAUUACGAACUCGCGAUGAUAAAAUUGCGGCAGUUCAAAUCAGAGCUCAUGGAUGCACUUGUGAAGAAUGAUAAAGAUAAGGAGAUAUUUUUGAAAUAUUGGCCGUUUGAUUGCCGAGAGUGCCUCGCACACGUAAUCUCCCUCGCAAGCACACAAGAUUGCGAUUGUUUACGUACAGCAUAUCCACAUGAUGGGUGCGAAGAAUUUUUUCCUAUCGCAAGGCCAAAUACAAAGUAA